AUGUCGGCGAGAGGGCAAUCCACCGGGAGGGAAUCGCCCCUCGGCGGUGGCUCACCCACCCUCCCGUCGCCCGACCUCGCCCGCGUUGCCGUUGUUUCGCCGACGGGCUUCACCCACGUGCGAGAGUCGACGGCGGACUCGGAUGAGGGACCACGAAGCAUUCGCACGCCCGAACGACCCUUGGGCCUCUUCCGACAGCCGACGUCCGACGCCUUCCACGCCACCCCCGAGGUCCAGGCUUGGGCGAGAGGAGAAGCUCCCCGGAAUGUGGUCGGGAUGGCCGUCGAGUUGCCGGAAGACGGCAGAGGAGGCCGUAUGGGUGCCUUCGGCCGUCGAUCCGGCCCCUUGCUUCGUCCGCAUGCCUCGUCGCUCGACCUCCCCCGCAAGUACGGCGGCAAGGCCAUCUUCGACAUGCACGCCCUCACCUACGUCUUCGACACGGACCCGAACCUGCUGUGCCCCAUCUGCCACGACCCCCUCGUCGAUCCCGUCUCGACACCCUGCGACCACACGUUCUGCUACCGCUGCCUGCGUCGCUGCAUCGUCACGAGCCCCGCGGGCAGCGCCUGCCCCAUCGACCGGGAGCCUCUCUCGUGGCUCGACUGCUUCACGUCGGCGAGGCUCACCCGGACCCAGCUGAACAACCUGGCCGUCUUCUGCCCGCACCGGGCUCGAGGGUGCCACCUCGAGCUGCGCCGCGAGGCCGUCGAGAAGCACGCCACCGUCGACUGCCCUUGGCGGGAGGUGCCCUGCCCCGACCCCGACUGCGAAAGGAUGCUGCAAUGGAAGGGCCGGAGCGGCGGUUGCCCUCACCGCAUCAUCCGCUGCGGCCGAUGCAACGCCAUGGUCGAGGAGGUCGACCGCGAGGCCCACCUUCUCACGUGCGUCAAGUCCAAGACGCGCUGCCUCGGCUGCUGGGAGCUGAUCUCCCGAUCCCACGUGGACACCCACUACCUGGUCGAGUGCGACGGCGUCGAGAUGGCGUGCCCGUACGAAGACGUCGGCUGCCCCGAGCGGGCGGUGCGGGCCGAGAUUUGCCGCCACGCACGCGCUUGCGCCUUUCACCCCGACACGGCAUCCGGCAUCGUCAUCAGGGUCCUGCGAGAGUCUCUCCACUCCUCGGAGAUCGCGGCGGCCAAGCUGAAGAUGAUGGAGACGCGGCAAGACGACACCAACCGUCGCAUCGACGAGCUCGUGGCCGCCUUGACGACGACGACGACGACGACGACGCUUGGUGGCGGCGGCGGCGGCGGCUCCCGGCUCGCCGCCGACGACCGCACGGCCCAAGAUCUCGAGAAGGUCCACCAGAACUUGAGCCAUCUCGAGGCACGCCAGAGCAUGUGGAUCAUCAACCAGGUGAUGCCCAUUCGGGAGGAUGUGACGGAGCUGCGGAACAGCAUCAACAUGAUACGUAUGCACGUCAACUGGCUGCUGAACAGGAGCCGCGAGGAAGGACGGAUGAGAGCCGCGAACACGACGGUCCCUGUGAAUACCCUUCGACGAGACGGCAUCAGCGAAGGCGGGUCUAGGAUGCCCGGGAGGAGACGAUCGUCGGGCGCCGAGACGGACCUUUCGAGACUGUGA